AUGGCUCCAUCAAAUGAAAAAGAAGUAAAAUCUGAUGAGUUGCCGCCAAACUUCAGCUUCACCCGCGACGAUCCAUUUUACUUUGGUCCUUCUACAUGUCAUCUAUUACAUUAUACUCCUGCUGCCUAUAUGGCUGGUAUCAUUGAUAUGGCAAUGCUAUCCGGCUUCUCACUUUGGUUUUGGCAGCUGCACAAUGUCAAUCAAUCAAUGGACACAUGGGUUGUGAUGUGUAUGUUUGCUCUUACAGCUGGAGGCUUCUUUACUACUGCAUUAAUGUUCUAUGGCCUCAAAACCGAACAAGCCAGAUUGGUUGCUCCAAAGUUGGCCUUUAUCCAACUUGAAAUAUUCAUCUUGAUGGUUUUCGCAGCAGUUUCUAUUGUUGCCAUGUCUUUUGGAAUAAGUUUGACACAUCAGUUAUUUGGUACCUUUGUUCGAGUACCUGAAAUGGAGCGCGAUUUCGGCCCUAUUUGGCCAUUCAACAUCGGUGUCAUCUCUUUUUUUGCUGCUGCUCUUUGCAUUUGGAUGCGAGUAUUGAUUGGUGGUGCAAUGGAUUUCAUACUCGACAAGCAAUUUUUCACCGAUGCUCCAUCGAUCGAGAUGGAGAAGACGUUGCCAAGGCCGGAAUAG